AUGGAGCUGCUGACUGGGUAUGGCCUGGCGUCUGUGGCCAUAUUCACAGUCCUCUUUAUAUUACUGGUGGAUCUGAUGCACCGCCGCCAGCGCUGGACUUCUGGCUACCCACCAGGCCCUGUGCCCAUGCCUGUGCUGGGCAACCUGCUGCAGGUGGACCUCAACAACAUUCCAAACAGCAUCUACAAGCUUCAACAACGCUAUGGUGACGUGUUCAGCCUGCAGAUGGCCUGGAAGCCCGUGGUUGUGAUCAAUGGACUGAAGGCGGUUCGGGAAGUGCUGGUGAACCGUGGAGAGUUCACUGCAGACCGCCCCCCAAUACCCAUCUUUGAACACUUGAGCGCUGGUCCAAAAGCUAAAGGAGUGAUCCUUGCACCUUACGGACCCGAGUGGCGAGAGCAGCGAAAAUUCUCUGUGUCCACCAUGCGCAACUUUGGCCUGGGCAAGAAAUCCCUGGAGCAGUGGGUGACAGAAGAGGCUGGCCACCUCUGUGAUGCCUUGGCCGACCAGGCUGGGCGGCCCUUCAAUCCCAACACCAUGCUGGACAAAGCUACGUGCAAUGUGAUCUCGUCUCUCAUUUUUGCUCGUCGCUUUGCAUAUGAAGACCCUUACAUUAUCAGGUUGCUGAAACUACUGGAAGAAGGUUUGAUGAACAUCUCUGGCUUCCUUCCUGAGUCCAUGUUCACUCCAUGUGCCUCCUGCCAGGGAACGACCCUCAUCCCCAACCUGUCCUCCGUGCUGAAGGAUGAGACUGUCUGGGAGAAGCCCCUCCAGUUCCACCCUGAACACUUCCUGGAUGCCCAGGGACGCUUUGUAAAGCAUGAGGCCUUCAUGCCAUUCUCAGCAGGCCGCAGAGCAUGUCUGGGGGAGCCUCUGGCCCGCAUGGAGCUCUUCCUCUUCUUCACCUGCCUCCUGCAGCGCUUUAGCUUCUCGGUGCCUGUUGGACAGCCCCGGCCCAGUGACCAGAGAGUUGUUGGUGUUGUGACAACUCCCUCCCACUAUGAGCUCUGUGCAGUCUCUCGCUAG